GCAGCUCAGCUCCUGCUUCACUGAGCCUGAAGCUCUCCUUCACCAAGACACAGCGCGAACCUACAGAGAAGAUCUUAACAACUGCUCUGGAGGACUGACGAUCCUGAACCAUGCGUCUCACCCCCCAAACCCUCUGUUUCCUUUUCCCUUUCCUUUUUCUUAUCACUUUUUCUGUCCCCUCAAAUGCUGGCUCCCAUGAACAACCCUCCUCCAGUGCCAACUGUACUCAAGGUGAUGUCUGCUCUGAGGGUGUGAUCUUACCAGUAUGGAACCCCCAGAAUCCCUCAGUGGGUGAUAAAGUGGCUCGUGCCAUUGUCUACUUUGUGGCCUUGGUGUACAUGUUCCUAGGGAUGUCGAUCAUUGCUGAUCGCUUUAUGUCUUCCAUUGAGGUAAUCACCUCCCAAGAAAAGGAGAUCACCAUCAAGAGGCCCAACGGUGAGACCUGCACAGCUACAGUGCGCAUCUGGAAUGAGACUGUCUCAAACUUAACCCUUAUGGCUCUUGGAUCUUCAGCUCCUGAGAUCCUGCUUUCAGUCAUUGAGGUGUGUGGGCACAAAUUUGAGGCUGGACAUCUCGGCCCAAGCACCAUCGUGGGCAGUGCUGCCUUCAACAUGUUUGUCAUCAUUGGCCUCUGUAUUUACGUGGUGCCUGAUGGUGAGACUAGGAAGGUCAAGCACCUGCGAGUCUUCUUUGUGACGGCAGCAUGGAGUAUCUUUGCCUAUGUGUGGCUCUAUGUCAUCCUCUGUGUGUCAUCCCCUGGUGAGGUAGAGGUUUGGGAGGCUGUGCUCACCUUCCUCUUUUUCCCUGUAUGCGUGGUGCAGGCAUGGGUUGCCGACCGCCGCCUCUUCUUCUACAAGUACAGUCGCAAGCACUAUCGUGCUGACAAGAGCCACGGCAUUGUUGUGGAGACAGAAGGAGGAGAUGAGGGAGUGAAGGAGACAGCCUUCAACAAGAUGGACAUGUUGGAGCUGGACGGCAUGGCAGCCCAUCUGGAUGGAAUGCUGGGGGGAGAGGAUGGACUUGGAGGACGUGAUCAUGAGGACGAGGCCAGGAGAGACAUGGCCAGGACACUGAAGGAGCUCAAGCAGAGACACCCAGAUAAAGAUAUGGAGCAGCUUAUAGAGAUGGCCAACUAUCAGGUGCUGAUGCAGCAGCAGAAGAGCCGAGCAUUUUAUCGUAUUCAAGCCACAAGGAUGAUGACUGGAGCAGGGAACAUUCUGAAGAAGCAUGCAGCUGAUCAGGCCCGGAAGGUGGUGAGCAGUGGAGAGACACGGGAGCAGGAAGACGACCCCUACACCAUAUGCUUGGAUUUUGAGCCUGCACUCUACCAGUGCUUUGAAAACUGUGGCCUGCUGAAACUCACAGUGGCAAGACAUGGGGGAGAUGCAGGGUGCACCGUAAAGGUUGACUUUCGUACAGAAGAUGGCACGGCAAAUGCUGGCUCUGAUUAUGAAUUUGCUGAAGGCACUCUGGUCUUCAAGCCUGGAGAAACCCUUAAAGAAGUGACUGUGGGCAUAAUUGACGAUGACAUCUUUGAGGAGGAUGAGUACUUCUAUGUACACCUGAGCAACCCACGCAUUGUGGGCGGGCCCGACGGCCACCUGGCAGACGGAGGCACUCCGGCUCAGAAGGCAGCUCUGGGAGAGGCUCACACGGCCACGGUGACCAUCUAUGAUGAUGACCAUGCUGGAAUCUUCACUUUUGAGAGUGAGUCAACACGGGUCAGUGAGAGUGUGGGCAUCAUGCAAGUGAAGGUCCAGAGGACGUCUGGUGCCCGAGGUCUUGUUGCUGUCCCCUAUCGCACUGUCAAUGGUACGGCCCGUGGCGGAGAAGAUUAUGAGGAAACUUCUGGAAAACUGGAGUUCAAAAAUGACGAGACCAUGAAGAUUAUUGAAGUGAAGAUCAUUGAUGAUGAGGAGUAUGAGAAAAACAAAACUUUCACUAUUGAAUUGGGCGAGCCUGUUCUCCUGGAGAUUGGACAGAAACAUGGGGACUCCAAUGAGAACAAGCCUGCAGUAGGAGCAGAGGAAGAAGAGGUAGCUAAGAUGGGAUGUCCCAGUCUAGGAGACCACACCAGGCUGGAAGUGGUGAUUGAGGAGUCCUAUGAGUUCAAGAGUACAGUGGAUAAGCUCAUUAAAAAGACCAAUCUGGCUCUGGUAGUCGGAAGCAGCAGCUGGAGGGAGCAGUUUGUCAGCGCAGUUACUGUGAGCGCAGGUGAUGAUGAUGAGGAAGAGAGUGGUGAAGAGCGCCUUCCUUCCUGCUUCGACUACAUCAUGCACUUCCUUACGGUCUUCUGGAAAGUUCUGUUCGCCUUCGUGCCGCCCACUGAGUACUGGAACGGCUGGGCAUGUUUCAUCGUAUCAAUCUCUUUGAUUGGCAUCUUAACAGCAGUGACGGGUGAUCUGGCCUCCCACUUCGGCUGCACCAUCGGUCUGAAGGACUCCGUUACCGCUGUGGUGUUUGUAGCACUGGGCACCUCCAUUCCAGACACCUUUGCUAGUAAGGUAGCUGCCAUUCAGGACCAGUAUGCUGACGCUUCCAUCGGGAACGUGACAGGCAGCAACGCGGUGAACGUGUUCCUGGGCAUCGGUGUGGCGUGGACCAUCGCCGCUGUGUACUGGCGCAGCAAGGGCAAAGCCUUCGACGUGGACCCAGGCUCUCUGGCGUUCUCUGUUACACUUUUUACUGCGCUCUGCGUGGUGUGUGUGAGCGUGUUGCUGUAUCGCCGGCGCCCCUCGGUGGCUGGAGGAGAACUGGGUGGCCCACGGACUUGCAAACUGGUGACAUCGUUACUUUUCAUCGGUCUUUGGCUUAUUUACAUUUUAUUGGCCUCACUGGAAGCAUACUGCCACAUUCCUGGAUUCUGAGACAGAAAUCAAGCAUGUGAAAAGACUUUAAGUUCACUUCUCACACUAGAUAAACAGCUUCAUUCACGUUUUAGUAUUUAAAUUGAACUGUGAGUGUCAUGUUCCACAAUUUCCCCCUCUUUAAUCCUCUCGGCUCUCUAAAGAAGUACCUUACUGUGGAUUCUUUUGUCUCUUUGCCUUACUCGAAGAACGUGUCUAUUCUAGUAACCAAUGAGCCUUUUCCUUCCCAUCUUUCCUGUUUGAGCCAAUUCAAAGCUCUUGUUUCAGAUAGAAGGACAUCUGAUUAUGUUUUUCUACUCUUUUUGAAUGGCGUCACGUGUCAGUAUUGUUCUCGUGUAAUUGUCAUUAUGAUAUUUUAAAAAGAUAAUUGGACCAAGACAGACUGUCAGCGACUAAGUGGAUAAAAUGAUGGCCUUGCUGUACAUGUUCACAUGCUUCAAAAUGGAAGAAGAUCAUAAGAAAAUGAACAGAGGAUAUGGAAAGAUAAUAAGCAGAUUCAUUGAAGGAAGACACACACUGAGAAAAUCCUCAGUCUGGACUCACAAAAGCAACUUAAAAGACCAUGAAACAGGUUUGAAAAUGAUUUGUAUGAUGCUGAAGAUGACUAUAUUAUUUAAAAUUGCAUGAGCUGGAUUUGUGGACCCUGCUGACACCCAGUUGUUGAAGAUUUCCCACUGACACAAUGAGCUAAUUUAGUCCAAGGUCACUUUUCUCUGAAUUGUUCAAGGCUCACACCUGAAUCUCAAGCAUGGCAUGAAGAAGAAAGAGCUGAGCUACGCUGUGGUGAUCUAUAUGGGCAGUAGGGGGUGACAUUUACAACAUGGACACUACCCCCAACACACCAAGGGGAGACAUGUUACUAUGGAAAUACUGAACAGAAACAGGAAAUGACCUUUGCCAUGUGUGUUCAGUGCAUGUACACACGCUCUGUCCUGCUUGUGUGUCUACAGGAAUUCACUGACUUUUAUGUGUCCCAAAAUACAAGUAUUAUUAUUGAUUUUAUAUUUAUUACUUCAUUGUUGAUGUCCAAGUCCAAUGGUACUGUACGUCAUCAGUCAUCACUGGUUUUCUGUGGUUACGGUCGAUUUGUUACAGCUGGCUUUAAUCUGUGCUGUGAAGAUAAAGUGUCUGUGACUAUUUGUAUCGUGAUUGAAUAGGAGAGGGAGAAGGAAACAGGGAAAGUUCUGACGACUUCCUUCUCCUCUCAGUCCUCUGUAUUUUUGUGCUCAGAAUAGUCAUCUACCACAGAGACGAAACAGAGACAGAGGGAAAAAAAGAAACGAGUGUGACAGAUUUAGUACUUGUGCAGAUCUUUAGCUAUUCUAAGUAGCUACUGAUGCCUGAUCCAUUGUUUUGAGUGAUCGAAUGCGUGCGUGGGGUAUUUUUAGCUGUUCCUGUUGCUAGGCGACCAUUGUGGAGUCAUUGUCGUGUGUGUGUGUGUGUGUGUGUGUGUAUUUGUGUUAAGCGCCUUAUAAGGCUUUACUUAUACUUUUCUUUCUGGCUGUCUGGUUGCGCUUAAUAAAUUGGAGUGCCAACCCAAAGUAUCCCGAUGUGGAAAUAAGUGUUAUAAUUACAUUCCAUAUCCAGAUAGCCUGUGUGUGUGUG